UAUCUUAAGGGUUUUAUUGAAUCCCUACACCCACCACGGCGGCACCACGGCGGCGAAGAGGCGGAGACGACCGACGCAGUGCUUACUGAAUCGCUACGAAGAUUCCGAUUCCAUAAUCGAAGGUUAUAGAAACCCAGAUUCUUUUCGAUUUCGACCAUGGCUUCGAUCCCGACUUGGGUGCGAUACUUGGCUCACAAGCUCGAGUACUCCAUCACCCUCAGCGCCAAGAGUUAUAGGAAAGAGAAAAUCAGUGACCGAGAAUUCCUCGGUAUAGUUUGCAAGAAUCUGUUCCAUGGAAAGUUAACCUACUUACACUGGGAUAAGGGACUAGAGAUGGCGCCAACCUUGGCAACACAUGGAAAUACGCUGCUUGUACGGAAGUUACCAAUUCUUGAUGCAAAUCAUGCGAGGUAUGUUUUCGUUGGAGAUGCCGUUGUCUUGAAGGACCCGAACGAGUCAGGUAGGUAUCUGGUGAGGAGAUUAGCAGCCGUACCAGGAUGUGAACUGGUGUCCAAUGAUGAGAAAGACGAGCCUUUUGUUCUCGAAAAAGAUCAGUGCUGGGUGGUAGCUGAAAACCAGGAGUUGAAACCUAAGGAAGCCUAUGAUAGUCGUACUUUUGGUCCGAUUUCCAUGGCAGACAUAGUCGGCAGAGCGAUAUAUUGCCUGCGUACGGCUGUGGAUCAUGGUCCUGUGAGUAACAGUUCCGACGCCAUGCACGAAGAUUCUCCGGUGCUGGCAGUAGAACUUGAUGUGGCCGAGAUGGCGAAAAACCAUCAGGUUUAAGACAGCUCCUGUCGAAGGAGGAUCUUGCGUCAGGACGGUUUGUUCUUCUUCCACCUUAUGUUCUAAGCUUCAAUCAUCAGGAAACAGAUAAUGUCAUAAUUUAUGAUAAAGUUCCGAGCUGAAUUUAAGAACUCUUUGGAAGCAGUUUGUAGCUUGAGAUACUUUGGAGUUGAAGGCAAAUGUUGUCUUGUUGAUUUUCUGAAAUAAUGUUUUUAUUUUUUUAUUAUCAAUACUAUGGGGUUAAUUGUCCAA